AACAUUGACAGAAUCACUGUGUGCACAGUCAGGCAUACGAACCUACGUGUAACACGUAGACAAUAAACCUCAACUGUUUUCGUGGACAGGAAUAUAAAACUUGGUACAGAAAUAUUGAAAUGGACGAUCGAUUUACUUGAUAGGCUUAGCCUGAUGGACUUAUUCGAAGCCGUGUCGAAACCAAACUGCAAUAUAGACCCUACUUCAGUGUCCAAACUCAAUCAGCAGAUGUUUAGAUGGAGCAGUUUCGACAGUUUUCCUGGAAAGGAGUGACGAUUUUGGCCAAGAUGGACGAGGAGACGGAAUAUCUGACCUCCUUGCCCAGGAGGUCUCGGUUUGUUGUCAUCGUCUUGUUGUCUUUCUGCUUCAUCAGCUUCGUCUUCUUGUAUGCGAGUUCGUCCAAGCCGACCGUGAACUCGAUAGAUGACUUGAAGAAAGCCUGGAAUAUGGGACAGUAUAACGUUCAUCGACUCGCAGACCAAGAGAAUAAACACAAGAGCCCAUCAGACAUCACUCACGCCCAGAGCUCGACAUACAGGUUCGGUCCAUCUAGUGGUCUGGUAGUCUCCAAAGGAGCCACUUUGCGGCUGGUUAUCGAGGCUAGAGACAGGGCGGGGAAACAAACAAAAAGAGGCGGAGAUAUGUGGUACGCUACCUUGAACUCACUCAAGCCCAAAGCCAGCACGGCUGGCAAGGUAUCGGACAAUGAUGACGGGACUUAUGACGUCACGUUCUACGCCGGCUGGGAGGGCGUGGCCAGAAUCGACAUCAUCCUGGUGCAUCCAAAAGAGGCGUGUUCAUUCGUGGAGAAGAAGGUGUGGCCAACAGAGGACCGAGUAGUGUGGGUGGGGACUUUCAGGGUCAAAGAUCAGUCGAAGGAGGACCACACUGAGACAUGCGUACUGCGACGCAAUGAGACAAAUUGGGCCAAGAAGUGUGAGUACUGGUACCCUAGCGAGAUCGGAGGAACCAUGCUGAUAUGCGGCAAGCCAGAAGACGAGGAAAGAUGGACAUGCGAUGACCUUUAUGCUCUCAAGAGUCUGGAUGCCAGGAUUGCACUGGCUGCCUCGGAGCUCAUCGAGGGCAAAGAGUACUUAUUUGAGGGUGAGAACGUCAUGCAGAUAGUCGACGAGGGACCAAAGCACAUCCAAAUUGAAGGUGCAACAGACCAACAGGUCGUUCCCGCACUUUUGCCACCAUGCCAGCCUGGGCUCCAGGCUCCCGGUAAUUCGGAGGGAUACUGGCUGAACGAUCAAUGGCACUCCCUCCGUUGCCAAAACUUCCAGUGGGGCGUCAACGACAGCAAAGCCCAGGAAGCGAGCCGAUGCCUCCGCGGCAAAGAGGUGUACUUCCUCGGUGACACCACGGCCCGCCAGUGGUUCGAGGCGUUCCAAGAAUCCAUCGGGUUGAAGUUCUUUCUGCGCAACGACGAUGCCCAUUACCGCUUCCUCCGCCACCACCCGUCUUUAAACCUAUCCGUUCUGUAUCAGGCUCGUCCCUUGCUGACGACUUCAUCCAAGGUCCCUUUUGAGGAAGUCCAAUUUGAGGUAGACGUGCUGGAUAGUCUGAAAAAUCCCAAAUGCAACUAUAUCAUCUUCUUGAGUCUCUGGUCCGAUACAAACUGGGAUCGUCCGAGUUUCACCAAACGUCUGAACCUCACGAAGGAGGCUAUUGAGCGCCUCACAGUGAGGUGUCCUGAGGCACGAGUGGUCGUAAGAAGUCCGCAUCCCGUAGCGCAUGGAACUUUCGAAACCUCAGCCUACGCUGAUAACAUCUUACUUUUUGGGAUAAAGGAUUUGAUGACGGAGACAUUUCGGAAUACCCAAGCCUCUUUUCUUGAUGUGUGGGACAUGAGUUUGGCUUACCCUAGCCCUAACAAGCGAGACAUGCCCCAUGAGGUUACACAACAAGGAGUGAACCUCUUCAUGUCGUAUGUGUGCCAGAGCUCAACAAGAAGUGAUACAUAAACUGAAAUACCAACUGUCGAAAUGACACAAAAAGUUUAAUAACAACUUUGACUUUGUAUUCAUCGACUGCGCUUUAACUACUUUGAAUAAUAAGAAGAGAUCAGUUUGCGUUCCUGUUUCAUGGAUAAGCUCCAUUUGCCCACCUUUAGCCUUUUGAUGUAACAAAACAAUAAUAAUACUCAUCAGCAAUAAUGAGGAUUGAAGAUAAAAGUUGUGAAAAUCAGUUUUAAAUUGUCAAGAAUCCACAAAGGGACUUUAAAAAACAGUUUCUAGGUGAAAACACAUGCUAUUUAGGUAAAGACUUAUAUGAUUAUAUGAGAAUAAAUAUGAGGGCAUCUUGCUGCGAUCUUGU